UUGUAAUAAGAACUGUAUAAAGCUCUGUGUAAAUUGCUAAUGUAUUCCGUUUCAUAUAUGCAGCCAUGGAAUGUUUGUCGUUUACAUAUUCGAAAAGGAGAUCGAACUACGCGCUGUUUCAAAACUUAGGACUAGCUUUCAUGUCGUCUGUUUAUAGUUAACAGAACUACACGCUGUUCGAUUUAAAUGAAAACUACAUGUCGUUUAUAUGUAGGGGACUUCCUAAAACCCUAGCCCUAGUUCGGCUUCUUUAUAAAUACUCCAAUCUCCGCCGAUUUUUAUCAUAAGUCUUCUCCUCCUAUCUCGUAGCUCAACCCUAAUCAGAAUCUCAGGCUCUGCAAUGUGUUUCUCUAGAUGUUCGUUUAUAUCGUAUUGAUUUCCAAAUUCUUUUGUAUGUUAUCUCUAUUUCAUAUCUCUUUACUUUGAUUUGAUUUGCUAUCAUUCUUAAUUCUCUGAUUAUACGGGAGAGUGAAAGGAUUUCUCAGUGAUGAACAAAACAUAGAUGACGAGUCCGAUCAAUCCAUUCUUUAAAUCGUGGGGACAAACGAGGCAUUUGUCUGAGAGGAAUCCUUUUUUUUUUAAUUUUCAACCUAUUUGAAUUAUCUUCAAAACGAUUUUAAAAGGUUUUUUGGUGUUGUUUUCUUUCAAAACGAAGUAGAAAAUAUAAAGGCAUGAUGAGGAUUGUUUAUUGUCAUCUGAUUUUUUGAUGAAUUAAUACCUCCUACUCAUUCUGAGUGCCUUUUUUUUUCUGUUUCUUAAUUUUUUUUUAAUUUGUUAAAACUGUUAUUCUUCAAGUGAAAUCGUUUUAUUUUUGUAGAUCUUAUUUCAAAAUAUCAUAUAUGGACUGGGUGUAGUUGCUUAUUUAUACUUGUCCUAAGAAUAACAACAUUUUGCUAAACCCAAUUCAUAGAUUUCUAGCCUACUAUAGUCAUGACUCAUGUGGUUGCGAGAUAUUUCGAUGACCGUAUUCGAAUCGAAGCAUGACCACGAGACUUGAUACCAAGUUAUACAACCUGAAAUGAACGGUUAACAAAGCAUAAAUUAAAUUAAAUUAAAAGUAAAUGAUUUGCGGAGAAGCCCUUUAAGGUGACCCAAUUAAAGUUCAGUAAAUCAUAAAUGAUUAGCGGAGAAGCCUUAGAAGUUGAGCCCAAUAAAAGUUCAGUAAAUUAGUAUUGACUUGAAACAUUGAUAAGAGGAUGAGCAAUUUGAAUUUCUUUGAUGCUUUUGAUACCGAAGCCCUACUCGCCUCACGACGGUUUUCAUUUAAGCAGUUCGUAACUUCACUGAUCGAGUUGACGAAGAUUGAGUUAUUUACGAAUUUGUUACAUGUUACGAUUCAUCAUGAAAAUCAGAAAAUAUAUUUAUUUUGUAAUAAAUAAUGGGAAUUUGUUUUUCCUUUAUUUAUGAUGAAAAAGAAAAGAUUAGGUGCAUUGGAGUGAUGAUAUGUUUCAGUAUUAUAGACUGGAAUGACUAAUAUACUCGCAUUUUCUUCAUAUAAUUAAUUCGAAGUUGACUAAGUAUUUUUAAUUUGGUUAUAUUAUUGGUCGAUGUUUGUUGAUUGGAGCUAGCACAAUAGCAUUGGCAGUUCCUUUCGUUAUUAGAACUUUAAAAAAAAAACAGUUAAUAUAAAUUCCAUAUAACGUUUUAGUUUUAAGAUUUCAUUUAGUAAUCAGAUGGAGCGUGUGCCUGGAUCGUUUGGCACCAGCGUCAGUUUCGUUCUUCGUAUCUUCCAACUCGGGUUCUCUUCAGCUUCUCUAAUCUCCAUGUGCUUGGAUUACAAUUUGUACGAAGUCACAACCUUCUGCUAUUUGGCGGUUGUAAUGGCUUAUGUAAUUCUAUGGAGCAUCUUACACGCGUUGGCCGAUACAUACUCUGUCUUAGUGAAACAACUUCCUCACAAACCUAGAGUUCUAUCCACAGUUCUCGCCGGUGAUGUUGUACUGUCGUUUCUUUCUCUAAGUGGGGCUUGUGGUGCAGCCAGUGCAACCGAAAUGCUUUUGUCUAUUGAUGCAGCCAUGUGCGGAGAUAGCAGAUGUAUCAAAUACCAAGUCUCGGCUCUACUGGCCUUCUUGUGUUGGACUCUGUUUCUUGAUUCAGCUAUUUUCAAUCUUUGGAGCUUAUAUUCACUAUUCUAUUGACAUAGCACUUGCAUAUGCAUUUUAUUUUAUUUACUUUAGAACCUCAGCCCUGUUAAUGUUAAUACUGUGAAAUAAAUUUAAAU